GCGGCGACACCUGUUCGCCGCAGCCCGGGCAGCACGCGAGCUCCGGGACGCGGUCCUUGCCCGCCGCUUGCCGCUCGCCUCAUUGCAAGCCGCCGGACCUCCGCAGAGCCUCUGCAGCGUUCUGGAUACUCGCAUUGGACGCCGAAAGUUUUUUUUUCUUCUUCUUCUUUUUGUUAUAUUAUCCUUAUUUUUUGGAGGAGGGACUGGGAGGAUAGAUUUGUCGCCGCCGCCAACGUGAGAUUUUUUUCCCCCCCUUGAAGGAGUCAUGCUGAUGUCUGCAGAGUCGGCUAGAGAGUAAAAACAGCGCAUGCCUUUCUAGAGUCAGGAUCCGUAAAUUCUGACGUAGCCCGAGCAUCUUAAAAAUCCCUGUAAUAUCGCCCAAGCACUCACGUUGCUAUGGUCAUUCUGAUCUAUAGGCAAAUGGAGAAACUACGGAUUUUUUCCCCUUAUUACGGUCGGAUGGGAUGAAGACCUUCCUGCCUGCUGAGAGCCAAGGCUCCAUAUGUAGCGAUGCAUAGCUGUGUUGAUCAAUGUCAGUGUGUGAGUAUAAAGUGGUGGCUUCGUAGACUAUCAGUGGUUUGACCUUGAACCUGUGCCAGAGAAACAGCAGAUUACUUUUAUUUAUGCAUUGGAUGGAUUGAAGAAAAGAACCCUUCUUUUUCCCUCUCUCUCUGCAACUGCAGCCAGGGAGGGGAGUUGGAUAUACCUCGCCUUGUGUCUCCUGGUUGAAACCAUCAUUAUUGUUUAUUCUUGUGCUUAAAAGCCAGUCCUCUGAUGGCUCCCUUAGGUGAAGUUGGGAGCUAUUUCGGUGUGCAGGACGCGGUACCGUUCGGGAACGUACCGGUGUUGCCGGUGGACAGUCCGGUGUUGCUAAGUGACCACCUGGGUCAGUCUGAAGCAGGGGGGCUGCCCCGGGGACCCGCAGUCACGGACUUGGAUCAUUUAAAGGGGAUUCUCAGGCGGAGGCAGCUGUACUGCAGGACGGGAUUUCACUUAGAAAUCUUCCCCAACGGUACGAUCCAGGGAACCAGGAAGGACCACAGCCGAUUCGGCAUUCUGGAAUUUAUCAGUAUAGCAGUGGGCCUGGUCAGCAUCCGUGGCGUGGACAGUGGACUCUACCUCGGCAUGAACGAGAAAGGAGAGCUGUACGGAUCAGAAAAGCUAACACAAGAGUGUGUAUUCAGAGAACAGUUUGAAGAGAACUGGUACAACACCUACUCUUCCAACCUGUAUAAACACGUGGACACCGGAAGGAGAUACUAUGUUGCAUUAAAUAAGGACGGGACGCCAAGAGAGGGGACCAGGACUAAACGGCACCAGAAAUUUACGCAUUUUUUACCUAGACCCGUGGACCCUGACAAAGUACCUGAACUAUAUAAGGAUAUUCUAAGCCAAAGUUGACAAAGACAGUGUCUUCACUUGAGCCCUUAAAACAUAACCACUAUAAAUGCUUUCCUGCGGUGGGUUCUUAUUGAUUAGCAGAGCCGUCACCUCAGCUCCACAGUUGCCAAACUUUGUCUCGCAUGUGUAUGAUGGUGGAAGCUUGGAUGAGGACUUGCUGAUUUGCUCUGCGCUUACUGGCGGCGGCUGGUCCUCCUGGAGGGC